AUACGGUAUCCAGUUACACGCACGGGCCUUUUAAUAAUCGAUGCAAAUCGGGCACACUUUUUGUCGAACGAAUUAAACUCAAACCGAGCAAUUCGGAUUCCUUUUGCAUCGCUUCGCUGCUCUCGGUAUCCUUUGUGGCAUCCUGUCCCCAGGACAUUCCGACCUGGUCAUAUACUCUCUGGUCCGACAUUGUCAAUAGCUCCACCCGAUCCCCAAUGGACUCGCACUAGUAACUAGUAUCGGGGAGGAGUAUCGAAAGUCGCGUGUUAUAUAGUAUCCAAAUCCGAAUUCCAAAUCGGAGAAGUCAUGGCGGAGUAUGCCAAGUUCAGGUACUACCUGGAGAAACACUAUGUCCUGCCGCUGGACAUCAAAAAUGAUAUUAUUUAUUGUCAAAGGGCGAUGCGCGAUUUCCUAAAAGUUCAUGGGUUGGUGUCCGACGUCUUCAAGGAGCAGGCCGAUGCGGAUCCCGUGCAGAUGCGCCGAAUUCUGGAGGAGCUGGAGGACGAAGUGUGCGAGAUCAACGCCGAGCAACAGUACCUGCUGCUGCGGCUCAACGAUGACCUGGAUAUGUUCUUGCGGAAGCUGCAGGAGAAGAAUAUAGCCAGCAUUCCAGAUCUGGUCAACGAGUUCGUUUCCAGCCAGAUAGUGCCUUUGAUCUCUGACAUUACAUACCAAAUACACCCGCACUCGGUGGUCAGCCGGGACAACGAGGAGAUGCUCAUCCGGAAGCACUUCCUGCUCAGCCAGGACGAGGAGGCGGGCGUCCCCCCACUAAAACUAAGCGACCUGGAUGAGAGCAUCCCCCUCGUGCUGGCACCGCCCGUUGUGGGCCUGGGUCAGCAGAUAGCCGCCGUCCAGCCGUUGAUGCAUUGGCCGCAACUGGAGCACCCGAUACCGCUGCCGCCCCCGCCCUCGCACAAAUCCCAGUCGGAUAUGCAGAGGUCCUUGCUGAUCAACAGGAUCGACGUUGAAGCCAUACCCAUAAAGCGAAAGAAUAUUACUUGUACCUCACCGCCGCCCUUGGCGCCGAUCACAAAGACAGCGGUUGUGGUGGCCACUGUUCCGGCUGCUCAAUCCAAUCCUCCCGUCGACUUCGAGGUGGUGGCCCAGAGCCGGAAGAACCUACAGCAGGCCCUGAAGCGUGCCAGGAAGACCAAGCAACAGCCCCGGCUGUGCGAAGAGGACCUGGAGCUGAGCACGGAGGGUGCCAAGAGGGCCAGAAAAUCCCCGCCGCUGGAAAAUGUUACUAAUCAGAAUCAAACUCAGAAUGCCAAUGCUAAUGGCAAGAAAUCGCAAGUGCCAUCGAAUCAAGUGCCAUCACAGGGUCCCCAGAAGAACUCCUACAAAACUCGCAACACUCGCCGCAAAUCCUCACCACCGCCAGCCAAUUCUCAAGCGCCAACGGGUGGCUCGCCGUCGGGCGGCAGCUCCGACGAUUCCAGUGCCGAGCUGCAGCAGGAGCAGCAGCGUCUGUUCGCCUCGGCGGCCCAGUGGCGCGAUGAGCCGCGCGAGAGCCGCAUCAUGCCGACGGAGUACGGCCAGGAGCCGUUCCUCCGUCUGUUCGGCCUCUACACGCCGGAGGUCCUCAAGAAACUCAAUCAACGCCAUUCGAAACGCAAGCGUCGCACUGUCCAGAAUGCCAGCGGUGUGGACUUCCACUACGGCCAGCAGCUCAGCUCCAUGGACAACCUCGUCCUGGGCAUACGGGGGCACAAGAAGUGCAAGGAGAAACCGGAAUUCCUGCUCUCGCCGAAGGAGAAGCGCUUGCAGGCGGUCUCCAAGAGGGCGUACAAUCGCAAGAGCAAGUCUCCGGACAAGAUAACCAUUACGGUGACCGCAAUGCCCCCCGGGUCGGGAAGUGGAGCUGGCUAUACGGCCUGCCAGCACGGAGAGAUCAGCAGCUUCAAGUGCCGGAAGUGUCGCGAAUGCAAGGUUUGCAAACGCAAAGUAGAGAAAGAUUCGAUGGCCUGCCACUUUUGCGGUGGCUUCUAUCACUUGGAUUGCCACGAGCCCACCAAAAUACGUCAUCACGUCCAGCUGCAGCACUCCCGGUGCCCGUCAUGUUUGCGAGCUCAGGUCGACAAGUCCCGGGACAAGGACACCAAAUGAGGAAGAUAGUCGGACUACCGUCCUAAAAAAAAAACAAAACAAAAAUGUUUGUGCGUUGGUUUCUUAAAAAAAGAGCCACCAUUGUUGAAAAGUUUCUUCUUUUUUAGUUUUUUCUUUUUUUUUUUAUAUCUUAACUUACUCAACUACUCGCCGUUUGUGAAUCGUUUUAUUUUUUAUUUUUCUAUUACACUGGGAGACAAAAGUAUUCCCAAAUACACAUUAUUUUCUCUAUCAUAUUUAACCAAAACAAAGAAAAAACACAUUUAAGUUGGUAUGUAAAAAAAGUGCAUACGAAAAAGGUGAUUCACAAAAUAUUAUAACAUAUAUUGUUGCUUUUGAAGGAAAAAUAAAAAGUGUAUGUGAAAAUUCGUUUAAA